AUGUUCAAUAACUUCUUCGACAAUUUGACAUUUUUAAAAUGUCUUUCUGUUAGCGCUUUUGUCACCACAGUUUCACUUUUUUUCUGUGGAAUUCCAAUUUGUGUUAAUAUUUGGAAAAGGCGAAGUACAGUCGACAUAAGCGCAGUACCAUUUUUAAUGGGUGUGCUUGGAGCAGUAUAUUGGUUACGUUAUGGAAUAAUGAAAAUAGAUUACACAAUGAUAUCUGUGAAUAUUUUCGCAGCUUCACUGAUGAGUAUAUAUCUUAUUUUCUAUCAUUUCAUGUCUGAAAAAAAGUUAUGGAUCUCAAUUGAAAUUUGUGCCGUUAUAUUUCUUAUAUCAUUAAUGCUGUUUUUGGUUCAAAUAUACGGGAAAGAUAUUUUCCAUCCUCUUGGUUUUACUUGUAUGACAUUUAAUAUCAUAAAUUUUGGUGCACCGUUAGCUGGCCUUAAAGUGGUUUUACGACAACGUAGUUGUGAUACAUUACCGUUACCAAUGUGUAUAGCCAAUCUUCUUGUUUCAAGUCAAUGGGCUUUAUAUGGCAUACUCGUAUCUGAUGUCUACAUUAUUACACCAAAUUCAAUUGGUGUGAUAUUAGCACUUAUCCAAGUGUCUUUGUUUUUAAUAUUCCCAAUGAAACAAGGACAUCUUUCACCAUUCCAACGUUGCUUUGGUGAUUCAUGCUGUGCUAUAGAAGCUCCCGUUUCUCCUUCUGAUGACACUGGUAUUUAUUCUCAAUGUGAACUCAUUCUAAGUCACAUAUUAUAA